AUGGCACUACAGAGCCAAAGCAAAAGGGUGCUUUUUGAUGCCCCUGACGACGCAGCGCGGUGCAGAACAAAGGACUUCUCAACAGCACGCCAUGGUGGCCGUCCAUGUCGGGACGCUUGGCUGGCAUUCCAUCAUCCCACGCCCGCAAACAAGUUGGUUCUGCCUCUCCCCCCGACCCGCGCUGGUGCUGGCACCGGAGAUGACCAAGUUCCCACGGCUCCCGUCCGGAAGCUCUACGCGAACCUGGCGCGCCAGCUGCCAGCAAUCCUCUGUCAAGACGUCAUGAUGAUUGACGACGACGCCCAUGACACGUACCAUCUAGCAUGCCACGGGCCAUCAAGUCUGGAAUGGCAUCCCCACGCCCACGGUAUUCCUGAGAAAAUAUCGAUUUUCCUAGGCCAUCGCGAUGUGUGA